AUGGGCAACGCCAAGGGAAAAAACAAGGGCAAGGGUAGAGGUAAGAAAAGAAGCCAGAAUCUGAACGAGAACGAGGUCGCAAAGAAGGCCGAGAACAAGCCUGAGGCCGAGGCCGAGGCCACGAUCAAGGUCAAGACCAAGAGAAAGAGAAAGCAUAACUGUCCUCACAAGCCACCUACUCAUGCGCGGACUCUGCGAUGCCUUCGUUUAGGCCAUGUGGUCCAAUGUCCGGAGCAUCCUGAAAGCUUCCCGCGACGAUUGAGCGAAUGUGUGGAGUGUAACAGUGCUGACAGGCGACAGGUGCAACAAGAGCGCAACGAUAGGAAAAAGUAG